AUGCCUCCACACGCAUCCGAUUCCACUCCUAUCGGGAGUCCAACACCAUCUGCAUUCAGGGUGAAUGCCCCGAAUGUCCGUUAUACCGAUGAUCACAUCAUCGCUGACUAUGUUUAUAGCAAUGCGAUUGUAACAUCGAACGAAGGCGGAAGCAUCAACGUAACGCCUACCAACACAAAGUAUACUUUCAAGACAGAAUUGAAAGUGCCCAGGGUUGGUUUAAUGAUGGUCGGAUGGGGAGGGAACAAUGGUUCCACCCUAACCGCCAGUAUUGUCGCGAACCGGCACAACAUCACUUGGCGAACCAAAGAUGGUGUGAAGACACCUAACUAUUUUGGUUCCGUCGUCCAAGCUUCUACUCUCAAACUCGGCAUCGAUGAGAAGGGUAAAGAUGUCUAUAUCCCGUUCAGCAACAUCUUGCCCAUGGUCCACCCUAAUGAUCUUGUUCUCGGUGGUUGGGACAUCAGUUCCCUGGAUUUAGCCAAGUCGAUGCAAAGAGCAUGCGUUCUCGAUUACGACCUUCAACGACAGGUCGCCCCCGAGUUGGAGAAAAUGAAACCAUUGCCAUCAAUUUACUAUCCUGAUUUUAUUGCCGCCAAUCAGAGCGAUCGUGCUGAUAACUUGAUCCCCGGUGACGACAAGAAAGCCCACGUCGAGCACAUCAGAAAUGACAUUCGUCAGUUUAAAUUAGCUAAUCAACUGGAUAAAGUCAUUGUGGUCUGGACUGCAAAUACCGAGAGAUAUGCUGAGAUCAUACCAGGCGUAAAUACUACUGCCGAUAAUCUGCUCAAAGCUGUCGAAGAAUCUCAUCCAGAGAUUGCUCCCUCUACAAUCUUUGCUAUCGCCUGUAUCCUCGAAAACGUGCCGUUCAUCAAUGGAUCUCCUCAAAAUACUUUCGUACCGGGCUGUAUCGAACUAGCCGAAAGACACCGCGUAUACAUUGGCGGUGAUGACUUCAAGUCGGGACAAACCAAAGUCAAGUCCGUCUUGGUCGAGUUCUUGGUUAAUUCUGGCAUUAAGCCUAUCGGAAUUACGAGUUACAACCAUUUGGGAAAUAACGAUGGCAAAAACUUGUCGGCUCCUCAGCAGUUUAGGUCCAAGGAAAUUUCAAAGAGUAAUGUUGUCGAUGACAUGGUCAAUUCUAACAAGAUCUUGUAUAAACCGGGAGAACAUCCUGAUCAUGUUGUCGUAAUCAAGUAUGUUCCUGCCGUCGGUGAUUCUAAGCGAGCUCUCGAUGAGUAUGUAUCGGAGAUCUUCAUGGGUGGAAGGAAUACCGUUUCUCUCUACAACACUUGCGAAGAUUCUCUUCUUGCAUCUCCUCUUAUUCUUGACCUCGCUAUACUUACCGAACUCACGUCUCGCAUUCAAUAUCGCACCGAAGAGAUGACGGAAUUUGCACCGUUCCAUUCGGUACUCUCGAUUCUCAGCUUCAUGCUCAAGGCACCUCUCGUACCGCCGGGUACUCCUGUCGUUAAUGCGUUUAGCAAGCAGCGCGCAGCCAUGGAAAAUCUCUUCCGAGCCUGCAUUGGGCUUCCUCCGCAGAGCGACAUGUUGCUUGAACAUAAAGCUCCCGUUAAUCGCUCGAAGAAGGCUGUUAAAUGA